UCCAUUCAGUCAGAAACCACAGCCAGGGAGGGGUCUGAUUAGUAUUCUGUAUUCAACUGUAGAUCUGUAUUCUGUCUCUGGAGCCACUGUCUGUUUUAAAUAUGGAAUGAAACAUGAAUAUAAACCGAGAAGAAGAAGAAGAACAAACAUGACGAAGCUCAGACUGUCUCCUCCAGGCCGCCAGGGGGCGACAGAGCAGCUCAGACUGCGGAUCCUUCCUGUGUUGACAUGUAGCUGAGUUAGCAUUAGCUUGUGCUCUGCGGGUCAGAGGUCAAAGGUGAGCUGGUGCAGUCGUGGUCAUGGUGAAGCAGCAGCAGCGGAGGACAGACAGGUGUUUUCUUCCUGCAGCAGGGAACAGCGUGGCGCAGGUUCGAUUCCAUGCUGGUUCCAUACAGAGGAGACCGCCCUCGUUGCAGGGUUCAGGCAGGCAGUGGGCGUGCUCAGGGACAGGAAGUGCUCACAGCUGGCCGCACUGCAGCAGCUCCACCACCACAGAAGAAGAGAGAGCAACUACACAGGGAGCCCUGGGACCUGAUGGAGCUUCAGGAGAGACAAAGAGGGCCAGACUGGAUGGAGUCGCAGAGUUGUCUGCUCUGGUCCCUACGUCAUGUGAUCAGGCAGCCAAUGAGAGCAGCUUGACACCAGAUGGUGUCUCCUGCAGAGUUCCCCCUCUCGACCAGCUGGGGGCAGCAGGGCUUAGUGAGGACAGCAGAGCCGCUGAGCUGCAGAGUGUGGGGUCACUAAAGGUCACCAUCCAGCGGAGCAGCGAGAGCAGAGAGUUUGGACAGACAGACAGGACAGCAGAGACACAGACAGGUGGACUCCACUGUCACGUGUGUAACCUCACCUGUCGCUCUGUACAGGUGUUUCAUGAACACAUGUCAGGAGCAGAGCACAUGAAGAAACUUCAGGAGAUCACACACUCCAUCGGCCUUAACACACACACAAAGCAGGACAGGGGGCCUCGGCCUCACACUCAGCGCUGGUGUGACUCCUGCCAGACUCACUUCAGUGAUGACGUCAUCGUCCAUCGACAGACAAAACACCACAAGAUGUGUAAGCAGCUGUGUCGUCCCUUCUGUCCCGUGUGUAAACGUCACUUCAGGACGCCCCGGAAGUUUGUGGAACACAUGAAGUCUCCAGAACACAAACAGAAGGUGCACCAGCAGGAGGCGCAGGAGGAGGAGCUGAUCACAGUGGACGCUGUCGGCUGCUUCGAGGGGGAGAAGGAGGAAGUAGAAGAAGAAGUAGAAGAAGAACUAGAAGAAGAAGAAGAAGAAGAACUAGAAGAAGAAGAAGAAGGGGGUGAUGGAAAAAAUGAGGCAGCAGAUGAGAAAGUGUUGGAGGCAGCUGACACUGAAGACUACAACCCCCACACUACUUACGGAAGUAGUUUUGUAGUUCCUGUGUCUGGUUUCCUGUGUCGACUCUGCAACAAGUUUUUCCAAAGAGAGACGACAGCCCGACACACACACUGCAGGACACGCACACACUACCUGAACCUGCAGAGGAGUCAGAAGAAGCCUGAAGACAAGGACACGCCUGUGGGGACCGGACCUGCUCACACUGUAUCCCAUCAUGCACCUGUUCUCUGACCACUAACAUCUGGAGACGUUCUUUAAGAAGAACCUAGAUUAGUGGGUCCUGAUCGUGUUAUGUUGAACUAUUGAUCCAGAUGUGAGGACUUAGAGACAAUCUGACAUUAAUGUUAAUAUUGUGAAUGAAAUUACUUAUUCUACUUUUCAUAUCUGAACUGGUUUUACCAACAACACAACAGAUGAUUUUUUAACGAAUACAGACAGAUUCUCUCUAGGAAUCAACAAUACACACAUCAUGGAUAUUUGAAAACACAGUACACAUAUAAAAACAAGGCUCAGCAAUACACACAUUUUACUUUAACCUCUUAAGAGGCUGAGGAAUACCCAAGUAAAUUGAAAGCUGUUCUUGAAUCAUUUGCAUGAUCUUGGUCUCUUUUGAAAGGUAACAACAAAGUCAGAAUCACUCUAAGUGCUACUGACGUUGAGUAAUAGCAGCUGGAACACAGUGAAGUAGAAGGUUUUUAUUUCCGCCUGAAUAUUUAACAAACAAACCAAAUUUCAGAACUUGCUCAGGACGACGGUUCAAAACAACAAUUGACACAACAGUUUACAACAUUUGAGGGUUAAGGGUUGUAUUUGUGUUACAAUACAACCCUAGUGUGUGAGUGUGAGUCCAAAGUCCCAGAACAUCCAGUGUUUUACAUGUCAACAAGUCUCGAGUUCACAAAUGAUAACACACAGUUAAGAGUUAAGAAACAUCAGAUUUAUUCAAGGUAAAGAAACAAUCAGUAAUAGUUUCUGCUCAAUAACCAGAGUUCAAUAAAUCUGACGAUUCUUUUUUAAUGAUUUUUUGGUCUGAAAAUGUUUUUGUCUAAACAUAAGAAACUGUUGUUUGUUUGAUUUUCAUAGAAUAAAAUAAUUGUAUUCAUCAA